CGGGACAUGCUUAUUUUAGCCAUUUGGCGCGAACUCACUUAUAAUGUUCACUGAUUUUGUUGUUCUCAUGGAAAAUGGAAGACGAAUUUGUGUCUUCAAGUCUUUCUACCACUCACUUGCGUGUAAAAACUAAACUGAAACGCGAUCGAUGGGAUGACUACUUGUGUUCAAACUUCAACCGCACCGAAUCAUGGUAUCUAGCAGAAAUUGAUAAAUUACGCUCAGAAAUAUCUGAAUUGGAAGCCGAGCUAAACGAGGACAAGCAGUCGUUUUCAACUGUACAUUUACUCCAGACUCUUGACAAGUUGACUGAAAACUUACCACACGACAAAAAGGCUUUGUUAGAUGGAAAAGAUAUUCAUGGCAAACUGAAUGAUGAUGGCCAUAUCGAUAUCGAACGUCUAGAAAAGUUUACAGGCUUGUAUAUUCAUGAUAUAAUAAUCCAAGUUGAGAAAGAUGAUGGGGUUAAAUGUAUUAGAAAACAUCAAAUACAAGGGGCUUGUCGUGGAAUUGAAUUUCAAAUGAAAUUCUCAGUAGAAGAGGUCACUCAGCAAGAUAGUCAAAGUCAGUCAGCAUCAAAAACAGGAGAUGCUUGUGAAGACAACCCUCGAAUCAUUUAUCUGGAAGUCGGUUUGAAAAAUGAAGAAGUAUCUUCAUGUUUUAAACAUUUUUUGGAAUAUGUGCAAGAAGAAAAACAAUUACAGCAGUUUUUUGUAACAUUGCAGUGUUAUGGAAAAUGGAAAAAAGACAGAUUGAAAACAUUUAACCAUUUUCGUAAUAAAUACCCAGAAUUAGUGACGUAUGUACCUUUACAAGAUGAUGACGUCAUGACAGCUUGCAACAAGCAGCAUCCAAAUUUUCUUAUCAACAUUGUUUGGAAGAUAAUCGUCUCUAGAACUGGUGAUGUUAAACCAACAUUUGCUAUGCAGGCCGUCAUACCAACAAAACAUGAUAACGGUAAUUUUCUUAAGAAUAUGCAAGCGAAAUUCACUGCUUUGUUGAAAAGUGUAGGUAUAGAAAAAUCAAUUGAGGUAAUACUCCUUACCAUGACAGAAUAAGUGGAGGCGAAGUAGCCGGGGGUUUUUUUACAAUAAAUUUGUCAUAAAAAAUACGUAGAUAAAUCUUAUUAACAUUUUGAAUUUGCCCUAAAAAAGGCAAGGUUAUCCAUUA